GGGAAGCCUCCAGGCCGCGCUGCAUUCUGGGUCCGGGGGUUGCUCGUUUCUAUGGUGACUGUGGACGCGCUGCUCUCCCUGGACGGUGCUCGGUGAUUGUGGAAGCGGAGUUAUAAUGAAGAUUUGUGCGGCAGAAUGUGCAGGUGAGGAAGAGGGACCCCAACAUGCAGAGGGGGCGCCCCCCCAUGGCCAGCAACAGGAGCACACCCCUCCAGCUACUUCAACAGAAUGUGGUGAUCAGAUUUCAGGAAAAACAUCAACACACACCAACAUUGAGAACGAUAAGGACAGUGGCCCCAGAUUAACCAAAAAGUACUUGCGGGAUCUGUGCAAGCAGCAAAAGCUUUAUAUGACUCCAUAUCUAAAUGACACUUUAUAUUUACAUUAUAAAGGAUUUAUGCGUGUUGAGAAUCUUGAGGAGUAUACAGGCUUGAAAUGUCUUUGGCUGGAAUGUAAUGGUCUGCAGAAGAUAGAGAAUCUGGAGGCUCAGACAGAGUUACGUUGCCUCUUCUUGCACCAGAACCUUAUCAAUAAAAUUGAGAAUCUUGAACACUUGCAGAAACUUGAUUCACUUAAUCUUUCAAACAACUGCAUCAGGAUAUUAGAAAACCUGUCUUGUCUCCCAGUUUUGUCAACCUUGCAAAUUGCACACAACCAAUUACAAACCGUGGAAGAUGUGCAGCACCUUCAAGAAUGCUGUAGUAUCAGCGUUCUAGAUCUAUCCCAUAAUAAGUUGGAUGAUCCUGCUGUAAUUGAUGUCCUUGAAAAAAUGCAGAAUCUGCGUGUCUUAAAUCUAAUGGGAAAUGAACUCAUUAAGAAGAUUCCGAAUUAUAGAAAAAUUGUGACAGUCCGCCUAAGAGAGCUAACUUACCUGGACGAUAGGCCAGUGUUUCCUAAAGACAGAGCUUGUGCAGAGGCCUGGGCCAAAGGAGGAAAAGAAGCUGAGAUAGAAGAAAGAGAAAAGUGGGAGACCAGAGAGAGAAAGAAGAUUCAAGACAGUAUUGAUGCUUUAUCUGAAAUCAAAAGGAGAGCUGAAGAGAAGAUGAAAAGAAAAGAGACUGAUGAGAAAGGUUCUAUUCCCCAAGACAUCACUGUACCUUAUGAGGAGCAGGUAAACCACUGCAGAAAUGAAGAGUCUCGAGAGAAGAUCCAGAGGUUUGUUGAAGAGACUAUGGAGGCGUGUGAUGAGUUGUAUCCUGAGAAAGACAAGGAAACCCAUCUUCCCAAGAGUCCUCAUGUACAGUUCAUGGAUGCAGACAAGAAGACACAAGAUGAGGUCCCAGGCCAGGGGAAUCCAGAAUUUCCAACUAUUUCUGUAUCCGACAUUCCUAACAAUAAAGACGAAUUGUUGUCUCAGGAGAAACAUUUAACAAAGAAAAAUGAAACAGCAAAUCAGGCUUCAUACAAAGACUUGAACAUGGAAGGCUCUCUGACUACCAGUCUUGUUGAUGCUGAAGAUAUUGAAACCGUUCCUCUGAAAGUUACAGAAAUGCUCUACCUUGAUGAUUUGCCUGAUUUGGAGGAUGUGGAAAGUGAUGAACCCUCUGGAGAGCUACAAGUACACAUUGGACAAAACAAGCAGACAUAUCGACCAAAGAUCGAAGUGAUAUCUGGGGACAGUGAUGAAAGUGAUGGUGAAUGGGAGAGACAUGAUGUGACUCCAGAAGUUUAUGAGAAUGCACAGCCAAUGCAUCCUGUGCUAAAUAUAUUCAAUAAGCCCAGUAAUGAACUACCCCUGAGAGCAGAUCAUCCACAAAAACACAGAGGGGUGGAUAUUGGGCAGCUGAAAACAAGACACAAACCUCUCAUUCAGGAGGUGGACGAUAAGCAUGCGGAAGAGGAUGAUGGAGCACAAGAUAAUAUUGUGGAUUGGAAUCCUUGCAUAGAAUCCUUAGGUGCAUUAAUUUCAGGAGAGUUCAACAAACAGGACAAGACAAUAGGUGGCUCCUCUGCAUCCCUUACAUGUCAGAAAGAUGAAGACCUUGAGUUUGGAUUGGACUGAGACUGUUCUCAAAAUAAGUUUUGGGGCAAAGAGCCCCCCCCCCCCAAAGAAAAUCUUUAGUACAAAAAUAAAAAAACGUUUGAAAGACAGCAGAGUUCGAAAAUCAUGCUUUUUACUGCACUGUUGGUCACCUUACAGUUGUUGGGAGCCCCACCAAGUGCCGGUAACUUCAGCAUAUGAAGAAAUUGGCAUGCCCCUGCCCCAGCCUAGUUGCUGUCACAUGAAGGUUUGCGGGCAUACAAAUGGGCAAGGUAUGAUCUGGAUUCAUUUGGUGUCAUGUGAAGUCAUCCGAAGCUUGUUUUACUUUCAGACUGUUUAAUUUUGCAAUACAGACACUUUUCUUUAAAUAAUAAAAAAAUGCCCUUACAGUACUUUUUCUUACUCUGUUAA